UAGCCCCUGUACAAGGCUAUUUGGUUCUUCCAGUUCGCCAAUCAGCCAAACGCGUGUCAAUCCUAACCACUUGGCAACCUUACUUUUGAGAUACCCAUGAUUCGCGACCAAUUCUGUUUCAAGCGAUUGUGCGGCUGAUAGCCUUGAAGAUUGGCCACUGAACAGAGGCACUGGCUACAGCUUCACAGCAUACAGUACGCAGAAAAUUUCCGCCUUGCUUGAGCUCCGCUCGUUUCCCCGGACGCAAUUGAUCGCUGAAUGAAGGCGUGCACGGCCCGCAGCCUGAACUUCUCGCAAACGCUACCCUAACUGUAGCAGCUCUUUUGCCUCGCAACCUCCAUCUCGUGCGAGGAAGAAGCUGGCUUUUCCGAUUGAAGCCAACAGGGAAGAGGGGAGAAAACCUGCCACUCAUCACCGGCAGUCUCACAAAAAGCUGGAGACGCAGGCUGCAUUGCUUGCAAUUCACGAUCGAGAUGGCCGAUUCGAUGUCAGGCACCCCGUCGCCUCAACCCGACAUAACCCGGGACAGGUUGCCGACGCUUUUCGAGGUUCUCAGCCGACGAACUUCGCCGCCAGUAGACCUCUUCUCCUUCUACAUAUACAUGCGAGACCAACAGAGAUCUGUGGACUACCUGGACUUCUGGCUUGAUGUUGCUCAACAUAUGACACUAUGCCGUCACUACGUACGCGAGCUGCGCCGUUCAGUUCUAGUCGGAACUCCCGAUGGCGAGAAAAUGUCUAAACGAUCAUCGGGCAUCUUGGAAAGCAUGGGUGGUCUGGAUCAUGGGGCUGGUCCAUCGCGGUUUGGACACAACACCGAGAAGACGAGGGAUCAGGAUGCGCAGAUGUCAGCCUUUCUCCGUGAUGAAGCUUCGCACGGAAUCCACGAUUCCCCUCAAAGCAGCCAGUCAAGGAAUGCUCGGCCAAGCGGGAGCACGCCUCGUGAUCUGACGACAGAUUCUAAUUCACCUAUGCAUGCCGUUGCCAGGGAGGACAUCCGGGCAUCUGCUGAGAAGAUUCUUUACACCUUCUUGCUACCUGGCGCAGAGCGUGAAAUCGUGCUUCCUGGCUCAAUCACGCAGGACGUCACAACCGCGAUCGAGGAGUUUGGCCGGGACGACCCCGAGGUUUUUGAUGUCGCUAAAGAUUACGUCUUCCAGGCGAUGGAAAGGGACGCUUUCCCCGGCUUCUUGCGUAUGAAGGCUUUGGGAAACCUUAUCCCGCCAACACUCAUCAUGAGACUGAUAUUGGGCAUGGUCUCAAUGUUUGGAGGCUUCUGGGCUGCUUUUGUCCUCAUCUUUCUGAACACGCCAUGGCAGGUCAGGCUUUGGCUCAUACUACCGUUCACUCUUGGAGUGUACAACCUUGCCUCCUACCAGUACUCCUUGGAUCCCAUCCUCGCUCUUCUUGGAUUUAGUGAAUACACCCCUUUCAACUUCUCUCGCGUCAGGGAGCCAUACGUUCGCAAGCUAUUGGCAAAGCGCUCUAUCAUGGUCCUUGCAACCACAAUCCUCGUCGAUGCAGCUUUGCUUGCAUUGUUCAUUGCGGUGCCCGGCAAGAGGCUUUAGUCGCGAGAAAUACGAGGCGACAAAUACCGCUCAAGAUUUUAUUAGCAAGGCGAAUGGGGACUUUGGCGUAAAGGGGCAUCGGAGACCAACAGAACAUUCAUGGGCUAUUUUUUUCAUUUGUUUUAUGAUCAUCGGCAUUGCUUUCUCUACCUAAUCACUUCAUUUAAUCGAUGCGGCAGGGCUACUCAGGAUACCUUUGGGGUUUGUGCAACUGGGCAACCUUUAUCAAGGGGUGGCUUUAGUAUGCAUCUGGAUUCUUUGAGCUGUUUUAACUCCCUUACGUUUGGUCAUAUAUUGUAUCAUCGCGAUUAGACUUUUAAUGAGGGUGUCUUCACUGUCAACGUCCGAUGGAGCACUCGUGCGUGAUGGGCUUGAAAUACAUGGCUUGCUGCAACAGUUGAAAUAUAAGCUGCGCCUCUGCCUCUAAACUUUCCUGUUCAUCCCAAGGCUAACUGUGGGCAGCUUUCAUCCAUGGGUAUUAA